GGCCCUACAGUGCCUGGUUUGGCCCCAAGUGAAGCCAGUGAACGAUUGAAUUUUUUUAUUGCAUUAUUGGAACAACUAUGGCGUACAUAUCAAACAUGCUCUGGAGGCGAGCAACUGUUUGGUUUGACUGUUACUGAACACCCCAUACUAUUUCAAUACAACAAGGAAAUACAAUUGUUACAGAGACUUUACAGUUUGUACAACAAUGUAAACAACACUGUUGAUGGAUAUUAUGACAUUCUAUGGGCAGAUGUUAAUAUUUCAAAAAUAGUUAACGACUUGCAAGAAUUUCAAAACAAGUUAUUUUUUCAUUGUUAA